AGCCACUACCCUUAAUGCUCGGCGCGGUCGUCACCGUCGCUCUCCCUUGUCCAUCUUGAUGUCCGACCGGGCUGGAUACCAACCUUUAGCGCAGACUGUCGAUGAUGAGGAUGGUAUUGGCGAAGGCACUCAGCUGCCGAUCUCACGAGCAAGUGGGCGCCGUCGAGCUUCCCGGUCAGGAAGCAUAGAUCUCUCCAAGUUGGACAAAGCGUUCAAAAGGUGGACAGAAUCUAUUGCACAUAGGGUAAAGAGGAAGAAAACAGUCAAGGAACACGCCAAAAAGCAAAUAUGGCGCAGCGUUUUCGAGCCUACCAUCUUUGUCGAUGUUCCUCCCGCCACAAUAGUCAAAACUCUGGACCAUAAGCCUCCUAUGACAGCAGCUGAGUUUGAGGCAUUAGUGAAGUCUGUCAAGUCCGCUAUUUCAGAAGGGAUCCAUCCCAAGAUGAUCACCAAGGGAUCAUCAGGCUCAUAUUUCGCACGAGCGAAGAUGGAGAAUGGCCGAGUUCAUACUGUUGCCGUGUUUAAACCUAAAGACGAAGAACCAUACGGACGAUUGAAUCCCAAGACUACAAAAUGGCUUCACCGACAGUUCAGAUUCAUAAUACCUUUUGGUCGCGCAUGUCUUAUACCCAACCUGAGCUAUAUUUCUGAAGCAGCAGCGUCGCUGUUAGAUGAGCGUCUGAAUCUUCACAUCGUUCCUCCCACCAAGCUCGUGUCACUAUCCAGUCCCUCAUUUUUCUAUGACUGGCUAGACAGAAAUGCAGCGAAAAAAGGAAAGCCGCUACCGGACAAAAUAGGGAGCAUGCAGUAUUUUCUACAUGGUUACCUGGAUGCAUCGGAAUUUUUGCGAAAGUACCCUUGGCCAGGUCGUGCUAUCGCUGACACUUUUGACGAUUCCACACAUCGGCAAGGUAGCCUUUCCAAGCGUUUACUCAGUGCGGUCAAGGUAAUUUGUGGAAAGACCGGCGACCCUGAAGAUGUCUAUGAAGACUAUGAAGAAGACCGUCUGUUCGACGCUACGGAAACUGACCCCCAGACCCCUUUUUACUGGACACCAGCACUACAACAGAGUUUCCGAGAGGAAUUGGAAAAACUCGUGAUUUUGGAUUAUCUCAUGCUCAAUACUGAUCGGGGUGCUGACAAUUAUAUGAUUAAAUAUUGCGACAGUAACCACGAGAAAUCAUUGGUCGAUGUCGCCCCGUCGCGUUCUGCUACGCUGGACAUGCCGCUGAUGAGCGAACUGAAGCGGUCCCCGAAAGUGCCGCAAACGGAGACACCGCGAUCUUAUUCCGCCGUCUCUAUGGGAGCGCCCUCUUCCGCGGCGGCUGCCGGAGCUGAUUACACUCGCUACCCUCACAUUCAUAUUGCGGCAAUCGAUAAUUCUCUGUCCUUUCCCCACGAACACCCGCAGGGCUGGCGGAGUUAUGCUUAUGGCUGGCUCUACCUACCUGUCAGUGUAAUAGGGAAACCAUUCAGUGAAGAGACGCGAAAUCGCUUCUUGCCUCUGCUCACGUCGAAACUGUGGUGGGAAGAGACGACCUUUGAGUUGGAGAAGCUAUUUGCUGUUGACCCUGAUUUUCACCCUAAAAUGUUUGCUCGACAAUUAGCUGUCAUAAAGGGCCAAGCAUGGAACAUCGUCCAGUCUCUGAAGCAUUUAGAUGAAGGUCCCUUGGAGCUGACCAGACGUACCAAAGCCUUAGUUUGGGAUGAUCAACUUGAACUCACUGAAACAGACUUGGAUGACGUUAACAGUCCUGUCGCUGCGUCGCCGAAGCCAUCCAUAAAUAGUGUCCCUCUCCCAAGACGUGCUCGUAGCCAAAGCUCAGAUGAUUUUCCUCCUCCAAUUCAACGAGCCAUAUCCGAUGCCUCUGGCGCUCCUCGACCCGUCCCUUUUGUCGCAAAGUUCCAGAGGGUACAUCCUGGAACAACUGGUGUCACUGUAUUGGAACACCUGGAGAGGUUAGAUGCAGUCGAGGCCAGUCUACAACGGCUGAAUGCCGAAGAAGAUACCGUGGAGGUAGAUGUAGGGGAAUCUUCGACGAAACCUAUACGUAUCCCGGCGCAUGGUCAGGGAGCAUUUGGAUCAACUGCCUCACCGUCUCAGUCUGUUCCAGGCGGCGUGCCUACAUCUCCGUUCUCUGCCCCAGGAAGUCCACUAGCGACCGUGCAUGAGGUUCCUUCAAUGGCUAGUUCCAUGACGGAGGAAGAUCUUGUAGCCAUGUCCAUGUCAACUCCUCAAGUGGAGCAUAGUAGAUGGGCAAGCCAAGUUGGACGACGCAUCGACUGGUUACAACCUUCUGAACCCGCUACUAAGAGAACAGUUGUUGUCGAACGUCUUGAAACGAUAAGCAAGAAACCAUUAUGCUCUUGUUGGUAACUUUAGAAUGGCAUGUAUUAACUCUCCAGGCGGAUAACAAUGAUUGUAGUAAUGUACAAGGAUUUUAAGCUCAAUACACGGUGUAGAUCGUUAGCA